GAGCAUCAACACGAACAGUCCUACAGUAUACAUGUACGUAGGUCAGUUGCAGUACUUGGACCUGCACUACACUAACUGGCAAUUAUUACAACAACAUGGACGCGGCAGACUCGGCAACACCUGCAGUUGGGGAGGGCUGGCAACCGCCUCUAUUUAGCACAUCAACAUGGCUUCUGAUCAUCACAGCCUGUGUUCUCCUAUUUGUCUACGAUUACUGGAGCCAUCAUUACCUGGCAAGAUUGGGUAUUCCUGGAGGAAGCUCGAAGCCGUUUAUCGGUAACACCCUGGACUUCUUUUUCAACAAAGAAGGAAUACAAGGCUACCAUGAGAAGUGCUUUGCCCGCUACGGAAAAUUAUUCGGUUUUUAUCUGGGCUGGCGCCCUGGAGUGGUGACUGCAGAUGUCGAUCUGGUCCGAUUAUUGUGCAUCAAGGAUUUUGCCAGUUUCACAAAUCGGAGGAGGCAGCCGAUUGACAACAAGCCAUUUCACAAGGCUUUGCCUGACCUGAGAGAUGACCAUUGGAAGGACGUGCGGGGAAUCCUCAGUCCAACAUUCAGCGGCUCCAAGAUGAAGCUGAUGGCGCCACUCAUCAACGAUUGCCUCGAUCCUAUGAUCAGGAAAGUUGCUAAACACCACGAAGAAGGCAAGAGUUUACAGAUGAAAGAUAUAUAUGGUGGAUAUCUGAUUGAUGCUAUCGGCAACUGCGCUUUCGGUCUGACUCUCAACUCGCAGGAAACUGAAAACGAUCCCUUUCUCUUCAACGCCAAAGACAUAUUCAAUUUUAAAUUUAACUUCACGAUCUUCGUUAUAGUGUUUUUACCAUUCCUGGCUCCCGUGCUGAACUAUUUCGGUGCGACUACCUUCAGACGGUCAACUAUGAAUUUCUUUGAGAACAUCAUGGACCAGGCAGUGGAACUCCGGAGAAGUGGAGCGGAGCGGAGAUUGGAUUUCCUGCAGCUGAUGUUAGACGCCCACAAGAAAUCCGACUUGACGGCUGAAGACAAAGAACAGGCGACCGAGGAAGAGAAGUUGGAAGAGGAGCACCGCAAGCACAUGAGCAAGAAAUCCCUGACGAUGGAUGAACUCAAAUCACAAGGAUUGGUCUUCUUCCUCGCCGGCUUUGAGACCUCCAGCACCACGCUGGGCUUCGCCUCCUACCUCCUGGCAACCAACCCGGAAGUUCAGGACAAGUUGGUGAACGAGAUUGACACCCUGGCCCCCGGACGCGAUGAUGUCACCUAUGAGAAUAUCACCAAGAUGACCUAUCUGGACCAGGUCAUAUGUGAGACGCUCCGAGUGUACCCUCCCGCCAUCCUUACGGCCCGUGAGGCCAGUCGGGACUACCAGUAUCAAGGAUACACCAUUCCUGAAGGCAUGGAGAUCGUCAUCUCAGUCUGGCAGAUCCAUCAUGAUCCGGAGCUGUGGGAAGACCCGGACAAAUUCGACCCCGACAGGUUCACACCAGAGCAACGUGAGAAGCGCCAUCCAUGUGCUUGGAUUCCAUUUGGUGCCGGCCCACGCAACUGUAUUGGAAUGCGCUUCGCACUGCUGCAGACUAAAAUGGGAUUGGUUCGGAUGCUGCAGAACUUCCGCCUGGAGACUUGUGAAGAGACUGAGAUUCCGCCAGUCCUCGGCAAGUUUGGAUUCCUGGCUCCAGCCAACGGUUUCAAACUGUCGGCUGUUCCUCGAUCCUAGGGACCUUAUAAAAGGCUAGACGCUCAGCAUUCGAAGAUCACGUCAGAGCCGGAAUUCUAACCUGAUAUGAUGACACGUCCCACGUAAUUCCUGAGUCAAUGAUCACCAGCUAUUUGGUCAAAUUAGACAUUUUCUGAAGUAUCAUGGCUGGAAUCUGAUUAGUGAGCAUCGAUAGCUUUUGAAUCUUUGUCAUUGAAUCAAUGCAAUGAUUUGUUUUUAAGGAAACAUGCAGUGGAAAUUUAGCUCAUCUUGUUUUCAUGCGCAUUACUAGACUACGUGUUGCAACAAUACAUACAAGAUAAUAAUACUUGCUUUCAUUACAAGCGACAAGAAAGUAGUAAUUUUUGAAUUAUUAGGAGAUCCUUUCAUCAAUACAUGUUAAGAGGGCGCUAUUUUGCUUUUGUCACACAUGGUACGCCUGGUCAAAACUGCAUAUUAACAGUACAAAAAAAUAGUUUUGAGUAAAUAUUGGCCAUUACUAUUGUCCAAACAAGCCGUUUGGCAUGAUAAACAAGUAAAUGAAGAAAAGUUUGAUCUAUAUUGAUACACAGAGCUACAGAUGCACUAUUGUUCUGCCUUGAAUGACAUCACACUUUGGCUCAUGAAGAUGGACAUUUUCUUUAGCAUAAAAACUAAAAUGUUGAAAUUUCUCCCUGUUACUGCUACAAAGGAGGUGGAAAGUCAUGGCAAGAGAGCUGUUUUAAUGUAUUUAAGUCAUAAAAAUCAUAUUCCUUUAAGUCUUUGGGGUUCGUAGAAUUUUUUUCUGUUGGAUUUUGUUCCUGACCUGUUUUUCGAGUGGCUGUGUAUACUCAUGAGAAUCUAUUUUACAACAUCAAGCACUUUGCUUUUUGCAUCAUAAGACUGGAUGCUUAAAAGUUGUUUGUUGUGUUGUGUUAAUUGUAAACGAAUGGAAGCUUAAGUAGCAUCGAAUCACUAACAAAAUGUGAAAAUUUGUUGAACCGCCAUUUUAAUUGGAACAUCUUGUAUCAUGUUUAUAUUAAAUUUUAGAGAUGGAAAUUAUGUUAAUGGAAUUGUAACUCUGUCAAUGCUGUUUUUUUCUUUAGGUACAUUAGGCUUUACAAUUUAUUAUAAUCUGUACUAAUCAUAAGAUGAAUUGUUUGUAAGAUGGAAUUGCUAUGUACAUCAGAUUUAAACCGGUCAACCGAUCCCGUUAGCUCGGUGGUCAAGUGGUAAGACAUCUGCUCUAGAAAGCAGGAGGUCGGUUCGAGUCCCACCCGGGUGAUUUUUCCAACUUUCACUCGGGAGGUAACACACUGAGAGUGUUUAUACGUCAUUGAAGGGCGAAACCUAAUUUGAUUUAUAAUCUGUCCAAAAAGGGGCGUAUUUUCCGAUCCCCGUGGGGUGGGCACAGUGAAACUCGUCUUGUGGCACUGAUCUGUUCAUCCAACCUGGGUUGAGGAAAACCGACCAAUAGCUCUACCAUCGUGUAAACCCAGCACACCAACUUAAGUCGUGCUUAAAUUCUAGAUCUGGAAUUUCAAGAAGCAAAAUUUAUAAGUAAUCUUGACUAGCUAUAGGUAAGUUUGAAAAACCAUUACGAAUCACAGUCAUGUAAAUCAAAUGACACCGUUUUUUUAAUUUUUUUUUUUAUUGAAUACAAAUCUUUGCUUCUAAAAUGGCUCUACUACUGUAAGUUACUACAAUAAAGGUAAAAAACACGGUUAUAAAACCUUUAAUAAUAAAAACAAUACUGUACAGUAAUCGUUUCCUAAAAUCAUAA